CGGGCGAGCCGGGCCAUGCAGCCGGCGGUGUUUCUCGGCCUCCUGGGUGCGGCGGUGGUGGCCGCUGUCAGUUCUAUGCCAGCGGAUAACAGGAACCGCAAUGAAGAAAUGGUGACUCACUGCAUCAUUGAGGUCCUCUCAAAUGCCCUGUCGAAGUCCAAUGCUCCACCCAUCACCCCUGAGUGCCGAGAAGUCCUGAAGAAGAAUGGAAAAGAGGUCAAAGAUGAAGAGAAAAGUAAAAAUGAAAACACAAGGUUUGAAGUAAGAUUGUUAAGAGACCCAGCUGGUGUCUCAGAAGCCCACGAGCCCUCUGGUAGGGAGGAAGCUGGAGCCCCAGGGGAGGAGGACACCCAAGGCCCGACAAUGGCAGACACAGAGGGAGGUGGGCACAGCCGAGAGGGAGCAGCCGAGCUCCAAGGGAGCCUCUAUCCCUCUGACAACCAAGUCUCCAAAGAAGCAAAGACACACCAUUCUGAGAAGAGUGAGGGAGACGACAGGGAGGAAGGAGGAGAGAAAUAUCAGAAAAGGGAGCAUGGAGAAGAUGGCAGCAAAGAGCAACACCUUGAAAAGCCAGGAGAAACACAAAAUGCCUUUCUCAACCAAAGAAAUCAGCCUACGGCUAAGAAACAAGAGGAGUUAGUGUCCAGAUAUGAUACACACUCUGCCGGGGGCCUUGAGGAGAAGACACACAGCCGAGAGAGGAGUAGCCAGGAGAGCGGGGAGGAGACAAGGAACCAGGAGAAACACCCCCAAGAGUCGAAAAGCCAACCUGGGAGCCAGGAAGAAUCUGAGGAAAGUGAGGAAGAUGCCAGCCCUGAGGUGGACAAACGACGCUUGAGGCCAAGACACCACCAUGGGAGGACCAGGCCUGACAGGUCCUCUCAAGAAGGGAAUCCUCCCUCUGAGGAAAGGGGACACCCCCGUGAGGAAUCUGAGGAGUCAAACAUGGGGGUGGCCAGCUUAGGGGAAAAGAGGGACCACCACCCAACCCACUACAGGGCUUCAGAGGAAGAACCUGAGUAUGGAGAAGAAGUGAGGAGUUACCCAGCUGUCCAGGCUCCCGAGGACCUGGAGGGGGGACGAUAUGGGGGCAGAGGAAGUAAGGGAUACAGGGCUCCAAGGCCUCCCAGCGAGGAGAGCCAGGAGGAGGAAGACAAGAGAAGUCGCCCCAGCUCAGAGCUUGACAACAUGGCACGCGGCUAUAGUGAAGAAAGUGAGGAACAGGGGGGCCACGAGGAGGGACGCCACCACAGAGCCAGGGGAAGGCAACCAGGUGCCUAUUUCACCCCCGACGAAAAAGAGAAACGGUUCUUGGGUGAAGGACACCACCGUGUUCAAGAAAGCCAGAUGGACAAGGCAAGGAGGUAUCCACAAGGAGAGCUGAGAAAUUACCUCAACUAUGGUGAGGAGAACGGGGAGGAGAGUGCCCAAGGGAAGUGGCAGCAGCAGGACCUGCAAGACACUAAAGAGAACAGGGAGGGAGCUAGGUUUCAAGGCAAACAGUAUGCUCCCCGUCACACCACUGAGAAGAGGAAGAGAUUAGGGGAGCUGCUCAGCCCAUACUAUGACCCUCCACAGUGGAAGAGCAGCCAUUUUGAAAGAAAAGCCAACAUGGAUGACAAUUUUCUCGAGGAUGAAGAGGAAAAUGGGCUGACCUUGAAUGAAAAGAAUUUCUUCCCAGAAUACAACUAUGACUGGUGGGAGAAAAAACCCUUUGAGGGGGAUGUGAAUUGGGGAUAUGAGAAGAGAAACCCCACCCCCAAACUCGAUCUGAAAAGGCAGUAUGACAGAGUGGCCGAACUGGACCAGCUCCUUCACUACAGGAAGAAGUCAGCCGAAUUUCCGGACUUCUAUGACUCUGAGGAGCAGAUGACCCCACGCCACACAGUAGAAAAUGAACAGGACAGGGCUGGCCAGGGAGUUCUGACAGAGGAAGAGGAAAAAGAACUUGAAAACUUGGCUGCGAUGGACUUGGAACUACAGAAAAUAGCUGAAAAGUUCAGUGGUAACCGAAGGGGCUGAUGGUCGUUGGAGCAAAGGGCAGUUUUAAGAAGCAGCCUUCACAUUAUCUAUUUUCCACCACUUCACCGAAAGACACCAUUUAUUUACACAAAGGCAGAAAGUAGAAUUUACUAUUUAUUAACUGUCUGACACAACUGAAAAUGUCUUUAAUUUUUGCCAGAAUGCUAUUGAAAAUAUGAAUAGCAUGACUUGUAGCGUAUUCUCUCUCGCAAAAUAGACGUAUUGACCUGCUUGUGACAAUGACUGUGCUACUGUCCUUGAAAAAAUGUUUGUCUUGGUUUGAAACAAUAAAAGAUUCACCUGAGGCCAAAAGCUCCCUGUUCUCAGGUUCCUUUGUGCUAACAGGGAGGAGUGUGAUUUUCAAAUCCAUUCUUUAAAGUGAAUUCUAAACGACAGCACUAGGAUUUGUUG